AUUAUCGAUACCCAGCAACAUUGCUUGAUAUUGCUUCAAAACAGAGUUUUGUUUUGCACGAGUUUUGUUUAGGUUUUUUGUUUUAACUCGUGUCGUUAUUUAUUGUGCCUUAUUUCAAAAAUGUUUAAUAUUCGUUCUCGUUUGUUUACCAUCACACCAACCAUACAACUAAAUUUUUCAUUCUCUAGUGAUAUGAUUAGUCGUAAAAUUUUGAAUGUGUUAGACUCCGAAGGCAAUCCAUUAUAUUCUGAAACGGAAAUUCCAAGUGAAAAAAAGUACAAUGUUGAAAAAUUACGAGACAAGAAAAGAUUCAAUGCCAAAGCUUAUGCCGGCUAUGUUCGGGACAUGUCAUUAAAAGAUGUUCAGCAAUGCCGAUUUGAUAAUAGGAUAACCUAUGUUCCUAUAAACAAUAAGCAUCCUGACUUCACACGUGCUGUUUUAAUUAUUCGAGGAACUACACCCGAAAAGAAAUCUUUUAUUGCCUUGGAAGGUAAAAAUAUUAUUCGUGAUGCUUUAAAUUGUGGCAUGAAAUUAGACAAAUUAUUCUUUACCAGUGAACACCUAUUGAAAGGGAUUCCUGAAUUAGAGCGAGUUUUAGCUGCUGCUCAGCUCGGAGAGUAUAAGGAUCAUGGUCCAGUCAUUUUGAAAGUUACCCCGAAUAUGAUGAACCGAAUGACUACAGUUGAGACACCACCAGGAUUAAUUGCCAUUUUUGCUAAACCUACAAUGGACCAAGAAUCUUCUGCAACUCGUAGUUGUUGUUUGCCUAUUACAGUAAUUGGUGAUAACAUUCGUGAUCCAGGUAAUAUGGGAGCGUUGAUACGUUCUUCUGCAGCCAUCGGAGUUGAGAUGUUAAUAUGUACUAAGGGAAGUGUAAAUCCAUGGGAAUCAAAAGUAGUGAGAUCUGGAGUUGGUGCUCAUUUUCGGGUUAAUCUUCUCACCGACUUCAUGUGGUCAAAUUUACCUUCGAUAUUACCUCCAACAGAUUCUACAUUAUUCUUCGCAGAGAAGGUUGGCAUUAGAGCGGAUAAAUCAGAAUUUUCAACUUCCAAGACAAUUGAAGAUAAAAACUAUUUCGAUAUUGAUUAUUCAAGUUUCAUUAAAAACGAUAAAAAGUUGUGUGUGAUCAUCGGAGGAGAAACGCAAGGAAUCAGCGACGAAGCCAUGGAUAUUUCUAAAAUUUAUAAUUCAUAUAAAGUAAACAUACCAAUAAUGAAAGGAAUCGAUAGUCUCAAUUCAGCCAUAGCUGGAUCAGUCAUAUUAUUUGAAAUACAACGACAAAUCAUCAAAAAUUUAAGCUGAUAAAUAAACUAGUCUUUUUUGUUGUAAGUAAAUGUAAAUUGUGUAUUUUUUCAGUAAUAAUACAUAUUAGCCUUAUUGUAUUUACAU